UUUUCGCUGAACCUGAUGGUAUAAAGCAGUUAGGUGUUUUAUUUAUAACCAAUGACGGGUUUAUGACACCGUGAGAGAUUCUGAGGAGAAGAGCUUUGGAGUGUUUUAGAUUGAUCAAUCAUGUUUAUGUGUAGAAGGUGGUUGGUUUGCUCGGUGAGGAGCUUCAGUUUCUCAGCCUCCCUCAGGAAUGUAAUGCCCGCAUGGGUCAUCGACAAAUACGGGGAAAACGAGGUGUUGAGAUUCACCAAGAACGCUUCCGAUCAUCAAAUAUCCCAAUGAAGUGACCGUGAAGGUGCACGCUGCGGGUUUAAAUCCCCUCGACAUCAGCAUGAGAGAUGGUAAAGGCCUGGGGCGCCCAUGUGACUGUAACAUGUUCCCAGAAUGCCGAGCGGCUGGUGAGAGAUCUGGGUGCUGAUGAUGUUAUGGACUACACUGCUGGACCGGUUGAAAAACAACUACAGACAUUACAGAAGUUUGAUUUGAUUUUAGAUAAUAUUGGGGGUGAAAGUGAGAAAUGGGCACUAGAUUUUCUGAAGCCCUGGAAUGGUGCUAAAUAUGUUACUCUAGUAACACCAGUCCUGCACAACACAGACCGACUGGGCCUCGCAGGUGGAAUGAUGCAGUCUGGAGUCAAAAUAGGAUGCAAAGUGCUGAAGCACCUUAGGAAAGGAGUGUACUAUCGCUGGGGUUUCUUUGCUCCUAGCGGCCCUACGCUGGACGAGAUCAGUGAGAUGCUGGAAAGGUACAGAAGUCUGUGUGUGUCUGACAUGUCUCUUCGAUCUGUCAUGAUUUUCAGUUUUUGCAGUUUGGGUUGUUCACACGGACAGUGAUUUACAUAAGUCAAUCUAUUUUCCCCUGCAGAAUCUCGCAGGAAGACAAAUGUCUCAUCAAAACAGAACGACAUCUUAUCUUUACCAGCAAUACAAAAUGUCUGUGAUCACACUUCCACAUUUACUGGAGCACAGAAACAAGACAGAACAGUCAUUAUGAACUCGUGUUAUUACAGUGCAUCAGCUUCAUGGUGGGAAAAACAGUGUGAAGUGUAGCUAACCAUAUGAUAAACAUCAGGUGUUGCAGAUAGCAGACCCACUGUAUGCACAAGAAAAACAUUUCACUGAAAGAGUAGUUCUGGAGCUGAGAUUUCGGUGAAUUUAAUGUCACACAUUAUAGAAAAGAAAGAAACCAUAUGAAAAAGUUAAAGUACUAUAUUAUUUGAUUAUUUCUGUUUCUAUUGUUUGAUGUUAAGCAGCAUUUAAAGGAGCUUUUCCAUAAUGGUAAGUAGAAAAACAGAACAUCACAGCAGUGCAGCUGGCAGGAAAUGUGUCUCAUCUCAUUUCCUUUAAAGCAGUGUGCUGUUGUGCCUGCAAGUGCUGUGUUUGCUAACCAACUAUGUUUAUGUUUCCGCUCUUAACUUUAGGACUGUGGUUAAUGAGUGUUUUAAGAAGAUAUACACGAGACUAAAAUCUUCAAUAUUUUAGAACCGUGUUUGGCCAGACUUCUGGUUAACUCCUAACCACGUUGGAAGUCUAAAGUAUUGAUUUUGUUCAUAUUAGUGUUGUUAAUGCUUCAGAUUGCAGACAUUCAGAUUCUAAUCAAUUGACAUCUGAUAAGGAAUGAAAUAAAUCAGUUCAGCACAUCAUGUGUUUCCUGAAGACAACAGUACAUUUACCACAAAGGUGACUCGACGACUCUUUACAGGUACAAAGCAAAUCCACUACUCCGAGCUUGGUUCUUGUGUGGGUCACAUACCUGCAGUUUCUUGUUUACUAGCUCCGAGUUUUAACCACAACACCACACUACUACACCCACAGUAUACACACACUUGACACCCCCACCACUCGAGCACCACCUAAUGUAUCACAGGCGCACUUUAAAAAUGUAUAUUCAGUGGAUUUGGAUGAGAUUAACGUGACACAGAUGAGUCAUCAUCACGUUAAACUGCAGGCAUUAUUCAAGUCCUCUCAGGAUGUUCAAUUUCACUUCUUAUAUUUGUGUUGUUGUGUCGUUGUAGGUCCGUCCCGUGGUGGAGGAAGUGUUCUCUUUUGCUCAGGUGCCUCAAGCCUUUCAUAAAGUAGAGCAGGGUCAUGCUGGUGGCAAAACUGUAGUCUCCAUCGAGGACCAAAAAGAGUAACUACAGCAACCAAAAAUAUACCUAUGGUGGCACUUUUUUCAGUGUCUGAUGAAUUAAAAACAUUUGUCUAA